AUGAGUUUCGCCACCAUGGCCUAUGCCCUACUUCUCAUGGGACUGGUCAUCUUACACAAUAUCAUCAAACAUUUCUGGUACAAAAGCGCCAAAGGAAAACCUAAGCCGCUCCCGCUCCCGCUCCCGCUCCCGCCAGGGCCUGCCCCGUGGCCAGUGGUUGGCUGUGCCCUGGACAUGGUUCGAAACAAGCCUCCAGCCCGGUGGAUCCUUCGUUGGAUGGAGGAGAUGGACACCGGCAUUGCGUGCUUCUGCAUAGGAAACACACACGUCAUUCCCGUAACUGACCCGAAGAUUGCCCGGGAGUUCCUCAAGAAGCAAGAUGCCACGUUUGCGUCGAGGCCUGUCUCGAUGGCGGCACGAGCGUUCAGUGGUGGCUACGCGACAGCCGUCAUCUCUCCCUAUGGGGAGCAGUGGAAGAAGAUGAGGCGGGUCUUAACUUCAGAGAUAAUAUGCCCAGCGCGACACAAGUGGCUCCAUGACAAGAGGGCCGAGGAAGCCGACAACCUAGUGAAGCAUGUCUUCAACCAAUGCAAAAGCCUAGGGCAGGUGAACUUGAGGCACACAACAAGGCACUAUUGUGGGAAUGUGAUUAGAAGAUUGGUGUUCAACAAGAGGUACUUUGGCGAAGGAAGGGAAGAUGGGGGACCAACCAUUGAUGAAGAAGAACAUGUGGACGCAAUGUUCAAUGCACUAAACUAUCUGUACGCAUUCUGUAUUUCCGAUUAUUUCCCAUUCCUGGUGGGGUUUGACCUCGAUGGGCAUGAGAAGGUAGUGAGAGAGUGCACGAGGACGUUUCAGAGGCUGCAUGAGCCCAUCAUAAACGAGAGAAUCAAACAAUGGAGGGACGAUUUGAGUUCGGACAGCAAUGGAAAAGAGCCUCAAGACCUGUUGGACGUUUUUAUUAUGUUGAAGGAUUCGGAUGGGAAGCCGUUGCUAACGCCACAUGAAGUCAAGGCACAGGCUACGGAAAUUAUGAUGGCCGCAGUAGACAAUCCAUCAAAUGCAGUGGAAUGGGCAAUGGCGGAGAUGAUAUAUCGUCCCGAACUCCUUAAGAAAGCCAAAGAAGAAAUAGAUAGAGUUGUGGGAAAGGAGAGGUUAGUCCAAGAGUCCGAUAUCCCCCAGCUCAACUACAUUAAAGCAUGCGCUCGGGAGGCCUUUAGGCUCCACCCAAUCGCGCCUUUCAAUGUCCCGCAUGUCGCCCUGUCCGAUGCCAUCGUGGCCGGUUACCGCAUCCCCAAGGGUAGCCACAUCCUCGUGAGCCGGAUGGGUCUUGGCAGAAACCCUAAAGUGUGGAAUGAGCCCCUCAAGUUCAAGCCGGAGCGGCACAUCAUGAGUGACGCCGUGGAAGUCGUGCUUACAGAUCCCGACCUGCGGUUAAUUUCCUUUAGCACGGGCCGGCGCGGGUGCAUUGCUAUGCAACUUGGGACAACAAUGACCGUGAUGCUCCUUGCCAGGCUAAUCCAAGGGUUUAACUGGAGUAAACCCCCUAGUGUCUCGAGCAUCAAUCUUAUUAAGUCAAUGGAUGACUUGUCCCUUGCCGAGCCAUUAAUUCUUCAAGCUGAGCCAUGCUUGCCGAAUCAUCUCUAUCCCAUAUAG